CCUCCUAGCGGGUCUCUAUGCAUGGAUUCAGCAUGAGCACCCGUCGCAUGCUUGUGAUUUGGAAAGGACGUUGAAGGUGGAGAAGGCAUUGAGGAAUAGGCGAAUUGACCGGAAUCUACAGGCAAAGGAAGAGGCGGAUAUCGCUAAAGCAAUAGCAUUGUCCUUGAAUGACGCUCAAAAUACUUCAGCGCAGCAAAACACACAAGCACCAUCGCAGUCAGCUUCAGGCGCAUAUCCAGCUCUUCAAUCAAAUACCACUUUCACGAACGGGAAGAAGGAUUUGGGUUGCGUUCGUGCUCUUUUCGAUUUCGAGGCGGCAGAGGACAACGAAAUCACAUUUAAGGCUGGAGAGAUCUUUACAUUGCUGGACGACUCUGAUCCCAACUGGUGGAAGGGGAGUAACCGCAAUGGAGAAGGUCUUUUUCCCGCUCAGUUUGUAACUCGUGACUUGGGCGGUGAGAAAGAGAAGGCGGAGACGAAAGAGGAGGCGAAAGUGGAGGAGGGUGAAGAGAGCUCUCGAGAGCCCGUAAAAAUUGACCCGCAACUGGUGGAGAAUUGUCUGGAGAUGUUGGGAGACGCGGAC